GACGCCGCUCCGCCCCCCCCCAGCGGGGGCUCGCGCCGGCCGUGGGCGGAUUUAACUGUUGCGCCCAGGUCGCCGCCGCCAUUUUGUCUCGUCGGUUUUCUCGUCUCAUCGCGUCGCCUCGCACCGGAUCGCCCCGCCGCCGCCGGACCUGGCUCCCCGCGCUGGCCGCCCCGCAGCCCUCUGCCGCGGCACGAUGAAGCCCAGCUCGCGAAGGAAGCCGCCCAUCGCCAGCAACAGCCACCUCCCCGCCGCCCGUCGCCGGACCGCGGCUCUCCAGGCUCGGCCGCGCCGCUGAGGAGCCCCCGCCGCCGCCCAUGGAGCCCAGCAGGCGCGAGCGGGCGAGCCCCGCGCUGGGGCGGGCGCAGCCCGGCUCCUGGCUUGGCUUCACCUUGGCCUGGCCCAAGCUGGCCGCCCCCGGCGCGGCGCCCGCCGCCGCCCCGCCGCAGGCGAGCCCUCCUGCCUCCUCCUGGACGCGCCUGCUGUCCCAGCUGCUGUCGCCGCUGCCCGCCUUGCUGCAGCGCCUGCUGCCCGGCCCCGCGCUGAGCAGCGCGCUGUGCCCCGCCGCCGGCGAGCCGCCCGCCAAGCCUCCCCCGCCGUCCCUCCUGCUGCUCUCGGAGCCCGCCGCCUCGCUCGACUGGGGCGAGGGCAAGCUGCCCUGGUCGGAGGAGCCGCUGGAGCCGGGCCGGGAGAGCGGCCCGCCGCCCGCCCAGGCCUGCUGGGGAGACGGAGUCGUGCGGAGCAGCUUGGUGCCCUUGGCCGUUCCGCACGUGGAUUUCCUCUCCUACGCGCUGGGGCCGGCGCACCGCCUGGGCUCGGACUGCGGGCAGCCCCGCUGCUGCGGUAAGAGCCAUCUGCCGCAGCCGCUGCGCGCCGAGGUCCCCAUGGAGGCCUGGCGCGGAUGCUCGCGGCGGGGCGGCCUGCCGGAAAUCGAGCUGCUCCGCGCCAAGCGCCUGGAGUUUCUCCAGCAGCGGGGUCUGGCUGUGCCUGAGCCGGACCACGGCUAUCAUAGCUUAGAGGAGGAACAGCAGCAUAGGGGUGUCGGUCGAGGAAAGGCAGGGCAGCAGCAGCGGUGUGAUACCAGGGAGCUGAAGUGUCUCGAGGAGCCGCACAGUGCAGAGGGGCAGUCUGGAAACAGCAACUUGGAGCAAGAACUAAGGAGUUCCCCUGAGAUGGCUGCUUUCGAGGGGGAAACCUUUACUGAUGAAGAUGACACAGACUCUGAAGCAGAGCCAAACCUGCCGGCUUCAACCAGGCCUGCUUGUGCUAAUAAACUAAUCGACUAUAUCAUAGGGGGGCCUUCCAGUGGGGAGGAGAGUGCAGAUGAUGAGGAAGACUGGGAUGAUGACGAUGGGUUUGAUAGCGAAGGGCUCCUCUCAGAUUCAGAUGCUGGCAGUCAACAUGGGGAAAGAUUACAUCUCUGGAAUUCCUUCUACAGUUUGGAUCCUUACAACCCUCAGAACUUCACAGCUACUAUUCAUACAGCUUCCAGUGAUCUAGAAAAGGAUAUGCACUGUGGGUCUGACACAGAAGAAGAGGAGGAGGAGGAUUUGUGGGCAGAGGAGUCUUCAGGCUCUCCUGACCCUAGUUCUGAAGAGGACGAUGAAUGGGAGUGUAGUAGUGUGGAUGAGGCAGAAAAUUUGAAACUCUGGAAUUCAUUCUGUACCUCAGAUGAUCCAUAUAAUCCUCUUAAUUUCAAAGCACCCUUUCAAACAGCAGAAAGAAAAGGGAAGUCUGGUUUAAAAGGAACAGAGAGGCCAGCUUUGGUCACUUCUGAGGGUAGUCACUUAACUGUCUGUCUGGUACAGUUGGAAAAGCAGAAUUGUGGCAUCACAGACUCUGUUCAGCAGGGCAUUCUUUCUGGUGAAAAAUGUGGGAGUUCCAAGAGAAAAAAGGUAACCUUCCUUGAAAAAGUUACUGAGUAUUAUAUAAGCAGCGAGGAGGAUCGUAAAGGACCCUGGGAAGAACUUGCGCGAGAUGGAUGCAGGUUCCAGAAACGUAUCCAAGAAACAGAAGAUGCCAUAGGAUACUGCUUAACAAUAGAGCAUAGACGAAAAGUAUUUAAUAGACUCCAAGAAACUUACUACAAAAGGCUUGAUCUCUUCUAGCACCUUAAAAGAUGUGGUAGUUGUGACCUAGACACUCAUAAACACCUUCAAAACAAAAAUGGCAGCUGCCUGUGUUUUGAAAUGGGGUAGGGUGGGAUUUUAACACUUUGUCCCAGUUUAAUAUUCAGCCAAUGAAUUUACCAGUGUGUGUCCCCUUUUGGUAUCUAAACAAAACCUUUUGAGUAUCAUCAAAGAUAGAGUGGUAUAAUUGCAUUCCUUUUAAGUAGCACUUGAGAAAUGGACUGGUUUAGAUUAAAUCCAUUCCAGAAAUGCCUUGUCUGCCGUAUGUUGGGAAGUGAUGGCUAUUAAGUUUGAAUUUUGCACUUUGAAAAAGCAAAACCUAUUUUGAAGGAAAUAUUUAUGGGGCUCAGAACCCAGUUAUUGCAGUUUUGAUUUAAAGUUUGAAAAUAUGUGCUACUUUCUUGUGUUUCUCUAUUUUCUUUAACUCGUAAAAAAAAAAAAAAAAAGCAUCUUGAAUUUUACUAGCUAUUAGUGUUAAAUUUACUGUUCAAAGUAGAUACUUUUUUUGUUCAUUUUAAGAUCCUAAUUUUGCAUGUAAUUUGGUGUUUGAGUGUUUACAUAACCUUUACUCUGUCUUAAUAUUCGGUCCAGAACACUGGGGGGUUCAGGUGAACUCUGGUGCACUAUGAGCCCUUUGGUUUGUUUUUAUAUAAAUAAUAUCUUUGGUACUGUUCCAAAGGGUGUAGGCUGCUUGUGCACCAACAUUGUUUGCUUUCAGGACACUGAAAGGCCUCAUCUUGAUUGAUAAGUUAAACUUAAAGAUGUGUGUGAAACUAUGGGGAUUAAUCUGAGUUUAGGUGUACCCAUGCAUACGGAACUGAGCCUUAGUUCUUUGGUUACUCUUGAAGUAACUUCACCAUAAUUGAUUCUACUUUCUGAAGAUGGAUUCAAGUGGAGGAUUUUUCAUAUUUCUUGUGUCCAAUGUACUUGCUCUGGUACUUGUAAGGAGAGUUAUCUUUGACUUACGGAAAUCUAAGGUUACAAAUUUCUGCAUUCUUUACCAAAAGCCAGUAUUAAUACCUCUGUAUGCACUUUUGUUCAACUACUACCAAAAUAACUGCAGUUUGGGUCUGGAAGUUGAGAAGUCCUGGGUGGAAUAAAAACACUCCUUAUUUGUGUUCUCAAUCUAAAACAUUUAAUGAUUUUUCAGCUAAAAUAAAAAGGCAGCACCAUUUAGAUAUGCUCUUAAGAGGUGAAGGAUGCUGGGUGACUGCUAUCUAAGCAGUAUUGAGGGAGUGCAAUAGAACAGAUAGAUCUAAAGGAUUCAGAUCUGUUUUCAUGAAGUUGCUUGAAUAGAUGAUUUACUACUUCAGCAGCUGACUAGAAUUGCUUUACUUUUGGAAGGGAGAAGCUAGACAAUUUAGAUGUAUAAGCUCAGUAAAUUGAAAUCUUCUUUCAAGAGAAAGAUAAGGAUACAUGGAGAGAAGAGCAUAUCCAAAAGACAGGCUUUGUGAACUUUAAUGAAUUUUCUGCAUUAUCUUGUGAUCUUUCUGGCCAUUACUUUUAAUUCUGUCUUGAAAAUUUCAGAGCUUGUUUGACAUGUUGUUCUCAUUGCAUAAAGUAUAUUAUUUGGAUUUAAAAAUUAUUUUUCUCUGCUAUAAUUUAGAAGUGUUACUGUUGCGAAAGUCAGAGGCUUAGCAGUGAACUGUAGUAGAGUCGUCACACAGACUUAAAAUAUGACUUAAAUUCAGGCAGUCUUGAAAGCCAUGAAACACUUGUGUUUAAUCCUGGUGCAAUAAAAAGGUCAGGUUCUCUGUUCCUACAAAAGAUCUUGUCUGUGAAAUCUUAAAUCAUGCUCUCAAAUCCUAUGAAAAUUUUAAUUUCUAAAAGUUUUUCUGUAUCAUAUUUGAUAACAAAUUUUCAGCUUUUCAUUUAAAGCAUGCAGGAUGAUAAAUGUAUUAUAAUAGAAAGCUUUUUUGAGUUAAAGUCCAAAUGUGGCUCAUAAGUAAAAAUGUUUUUUAUUGCCUUUGGUAAAAAUGAUUCAGAUUCCAUCUCUCUACCCCCCGACUCAGCUAGUUUCUUUGGUCUUGGAGAACUUGCUGCUGUUUCAGUUACUCCAGAUAAUUCACUUAGUUUACCAGUGUUUGUAAGAAGCCUUAGAAUAAUAUAAACGCACAGAUACUGGUGUGCUAUUUGCAACAGCUAGGAAAGGACUACAGCUGAAACCGAACACAAUACACAAAUUAGAUACAAACUAGAUUAAAAGCUGCUGCUUCCAAAAGUGCUUCUAACAUCAAAGAAAUCCUGUCUUCAUUGGAAUUUAUCUGCUUGUGUAAGUGUUUGCCCCCUCCUCCCCCUGCAAACCUAAUGUUUUCCAAGUGUCAAAUGUAAGGUGCUAGGGAGUUAUUCUCGCACUAACUUUAUGAUCGUAAACGUUGAGAAAUAAAGCCACUUAAAAGCAAGCGAAGCUUAUUUGUCACCAUUUUCCUGAUACCAUAUUUUAAAAUGGUCAUACAAGAUGUGUAAAUGUGUAAGUGGCUUUGAGUGAGACAGUAAAAAUAACACUUAAACUUUAAAUCAAAACUGUAAUUAUCAGAUUUUAUUUUUGUAUGAUUUAGAGAAGUUAGAAAACCUUCAACAUUGGCUUUAUACAGAUUUUAAUUGAUUUGUGUCACGUUUGUUGGGUUUUUAUAUCUAAAGUUAUAUUUCUGUAUAUAAAACUAUUCAGAACUAAUCUGUAAAUUGUAAUAAAGAUAUUUGCAAGAUAAUGAGUUGUUUUUCUUUGAAAGAAGAUACAGGUGAUGGCAAGUAACUUUACAAGGCAUGAUUUAUAUACAUACUGAACCGGGUGGCAAUUGUCUAGAUAAUACUAAAUACUGGUUCUAAUCAGCAUAUAAAGUAGAGAUGCUGUGC